CAUGGGGAGAUGUGUAGUGGAGCACCCCAUGCGUCCACUCGGAGCUGGUUAUGUUGAAGGAAUCUUGCGGGACCUGUCGUCCCUGCUGCUGCUGUCUCGCGGCUGAGGUGGACGGGCGGGUCCCCAGCCAUGACUGAGAAGGUGAACGAGCUGAAGACCGCCCGACUGUGGCGGGACGCGGCUUUGCGUUCCCGCAAGCUCCGCAGCAACCUGCGCCAGCUCACCCUUAGCAACGCGGACCCACAGGGGAAAGGGAUAGAGAAGCUUGUGCUGCCGGACAACAUCGCCGAUGUGGAGGUGCUGAAUUUAGGCAACAACGCCCUGCGGGAAGUGCCGGCUAAUGUGCUGCAGGGCUCUCUGCUACCCAGUCUCCGUGUUCUGAUUCUAAGGAGGAACCGGCUUACUUGCCUGCCAGCGCCUGUUUGUGAACUGAAGGGGCUUGUUGAGCUCGAUCUUAGUCACAAUCUUCUGACAGGUUUGGCUGAUCAGGGCAUCGAUCGCGUAAGCAGCACCCUCAAAAAGCUGUGUGUUAGCCAUAACAAGUUAAAGUGUUUGCCUCCUGAGAUUGGGGCCCUUAGCCAGCUGGAAGAACUGGACGUUAGCUUCAAUGACAUCUGUCAGCUGCCUGAGUCCUUAUGCAGGCUCUCUAGGCUGAGGACACUGGAUGUGGACCACAAUAAGCUGGCAUCCUUUCCCGUGCAAAUGCUUAAAAUGGUGAAUCUCGAGGAACUGGAUUUAUCUGGGAAUAAAAUGCUUGCUUUGCCUCUGGAGAUUAAAUUCCUGCAGUCAUUGAAGGUACUGUGGCUUAGCAGUAGUAAAAUUUCUUGCCUGCCGGCUACCUUUUGUGAACUGACAAAUCUGGAGAGCUUGAUGUUGGACAAUAACGGGCUAAGUGGAUUACCCAGGCACUUUGGUAAUUUGCAAAAGCUUAAAAUGAUUAACCUGUCAUCUAACUUAUUUGAAGAGUUUCCUGAUGUACUCCUGCAGCUGUUAGAAUUAGAAGAGCUAUAUCUGAGUCGAAAUAGAUUGACAGCUGUCCCUGAAACUAUCUGUAAACUCAGCAAACUUGUCACAUUUUGGGUGGAUAAUAAUAGGAUACGAUAUUUACCAGAUGCCAUUGUGGAACUGGUUAAUCUGGAGGAGUUAGUGCUGCAAGGUAACCAAAUAGCAAUUCUGCCUGACAAUUUUGGAAAACUUUCUCGGGUUAAUAUCUGGAAAAUCAAGGAUAAUCCUCUGAUACAGCCUCCAUAUGAAGUGUGCAUGAAGGGCAUACCUUACAUUGCUGCGUAUCAGAAGGAACUGGCUCACUCCCAACCUGCAGUGAAGCCAAGGUUAAAACUGGUGCUGAUGGGUUUAAAAGAUGCUGGCAAAACAGCACUGAGGCAUUGCCUUACUGACAGUGUACAGGAGAUCCCCAUAGUGGUCAGCAACAAAGGUAUUGAAGUCACUAAUUGGGUAGCUGAUGCAGCGAAGGGACUGACAUUCAUUGUUUAUGAUUUAGCAGGGGAUCACAACUAUGAUAUGAUAAAAUCAUUUUUUCUUUCACCUGGUGCUUUAUAUGUUUUAGUGGUUAAUUUAAAAGUCUAUAUUUCCAAACUCUUUUAUUCCUACGUGGGGUGUUUCUUGCACCUCAUUAGUGCCAAGGUACCUCGUGCAGUGGUUUGUAUAGUGGGGACUCACACAGAUCUGUGUGAUGAACAAGAACUGGAAGAAAAAUGCCUAGACAUUCACCACCAAAUAGCAUUGCAAGAGAAGAAGUAUUCUGAAUUCUUGCAAAGUUUAGCACAAAAUGUUGAUGAUGCCUUGGGGCAGGACUAUGACAUUCGAUCUUCUAGUCCACUUGCAGCAUUUUAUGGUGUCACAAACAAAAACUUGAGAAGGAAGAAAGCCCAUCUUCAGUUCCUCUUGAACAACCGCCUCCAGAUACUUUCUCCUGUCUUGUGUGUGAGCUGUCAGGAUUUUUCAAACAUUCGACGAUUAAAGGAGAAGCUUAUGUCUGUUGCUGAGCACUGGGAGAUUUUCCCUAAUUUACACAGAGUUUUGCCCAAGUCUUGGCAGAUGUUGGAAGAGCUACAUUUAAAACGUCAGGAGCUCUGGCUUACCUGGUGGGACUCUGCAAGACUGGGGCUGCAGGCAGGGCUUACAGAGGACCGCCUACAGAGUGCCCUUUCUUACCUGCAUGAAAGUGGCAAGUUGCUUUACUUUGAGGAUAGCCUCACUCUUAAAGAAUAUGUCUUUCAUAACUUGACAAAACUGAUUGAUAUUCUGAAUGUUUUUUUCCAUAGAGAUGCCACUGUUCUUUUGCAGAAACUUUUGAAUGACACCUGCAUGGAUGAGUUGAGGGCCACACAGCUCCACCAUUAUGUAGAAGGCUUUCUACUGCAUGGCUUGUUCCCUGCUCAUGUGAUUAGAUUACUGUUAAAGCCACACAUACGAUCCCAGCAGGACCUGCAGCUAAUUCUGGAUUUGUUGGAAAAAAUGGGCUUGUGUUACUGCAUCAAUAGACCCAAAGCCAAACCUUUGAAUGGGGCCACAAUCUGGUACAAAUUUCCAUGCUAUGUAAAGAAUGAAGUGCCUCAUGCAGAAGCUUGGAUUAAUGGGGCAAAUCUUGCUGGACAGUCAUCCUUAGUUGUUGAACAAUUACAGAUCCAGUACUGUUUUCCUUUUUUGUUUCCCCCGGGCUUGUUUGCAAGGUACAGCGUACAGAUAAAUAGCCACGUGGUUCAUCGGUCAGAUGGUAAAUACCAGAUUUUUGCUUACCGUGGGAAGGUGCCUGUUGUAGUCAGUUACAGGCCUGCCCAAACUAAUUUACAGGUGGACACCUUGUCUAUUGCCAGUCAUGCCUCUUUGCCAAAUAUAUGGACUGCAUGGCAAGCCAUAACACCUUUAAUGGAGGAACUAAAUGUCUUACUGCAGGAAUGGCCAGGCCUGUACUUUACUGUGCAUAUUCUUUGUUCAAAGUGCCUUAAGAGAGGUUCAUGUAGCCCACACACUUUUCCAGACUGUCUUGAAUUAUCACCAUUCUUGGUUGUCAUUUUAAAGGCAUGAUAUUUUUGACUACACAAAAAAAAAGGGCAGCAGAACUUAACUAACACUGCACAUGCUGCCUGAAUCGUCAUGGCAUCAAAACAGCAUCGACGUUGGCACAGCUGGCAUACACAGAACCAGAAGGACCGUUGUCUGUGACCAUCUUAGGAAGAGUUUAUUUUAGCAAGUUUCCUGGCAUUGUUUCAGUUGUAAAAAGUCCAUGUUUCUGUUAUUCCCUGUUGUGCUUACAUUUAAAGAAAUGUUUUUCCAUUAGGGGUGAGAGUGAAUUAUACUGCAGGUAGCAUUGGUUGGCUCAUUGGAGAUUUCUGCAUGGUUCUGCCAGCUUUGUGUGCAAUGUUGGCGACUUUUCUCUUUGUUCCCCAUUCCAUUUUGUGACUGUUAAAAGAUGGUAUCCUCUUUUGGUGUAUUCAUUUUUUUUCCUGACCUAUGGCAUCCUUGGGCACUAGCAGAGAGAGGAUGCAAUUAGGAACCUUCUUAGUCAUUUCUUGGGGUUAGGAGAUUCUUUUUUGUUACACUGCUAAUGCUGUUGUGCUGGCCAGAAAGCUUGCAUAGUGUCUGAGUCAUGGGGUCCAGUGUGAUUGCACAUUUUGGCACAUUCACAGUCCCAGCUGGAGUGCAUAUGUAUUCUUUGGAAGGCUUGAUCUCUCUGGAGUCCUUAGUUGAAAAGGCUUCAGUCCCCUGCCUUUUCUCCAAGUAGUGCUGUUGUGACAGGACUCUGCCAACAUAAUCUCCAUAGGAUGAAUGUACUACCAUUGACCACUCACUUAAUUUCCUCACCAGCUGGUUUCUCAAGUGCUUUGUCCAGUAAUUGAACCCAAGUCAUCUGGAGAACAGCUCAGAAUCUCUGUGAUGUGUAGCCAGCUGCCUUUAUCCAGUUUUGACUGGAUCCUCAAGUGUAUUAAAACAGCACUGUCUCUUUCUUCCCUAGCUUGUAUAGUAUUGACAUUUGGACUGAAAAGUGGAGUUUCGUCUGUCUAGCAGCGCACGUACAACAAAAUUCAGAAUGUUCAGUGCUGUAUGUAGUAUGUGUCUGCUAAAUUCCUUACUAUUUCCUUAAACACUGCAGCUGAAUUUUGCUGCAAAAUGUGCACAUGCAUGAAAAAUGUAUCCACACACUAAACCAGACAUGAUGAAAGGCUGUUUACAUGUUAUGAUUUAAUCUAUCUCACUGGGUAAAGGAAUAUGCCUUUUUUACCUAUUGCCACUCAGAAAAGUAUAUUUCUAAGUGUGGCAGAAGGUCACUGGACACAACACUUUAUUGUGCUU